CUUCCUGUUUAGGUCGUCUCUGACCUGAGAUGAAGUUUCUGUCUGAGCGCUCAAUAAUUACUGCUUCCGUUUUAUAUAAAGGGCGGGAAAUAUUUAGGACUAAAUUUAGGGUCGUCAUGUGAUUUGUCAUGUGACCACAGUCUUUCAAAAUGGCGAACGAGGUGAUGGCAGGAAUGGAGUCCAAUGCGAUAAAUCCUGAUAUCGCGAGAGAAAGACUGAAGGCAACAUUCGAUCCUCUGGAAUUGACUCAUAUUUUCGAUGGCGGAAAAGAAAGGACUACUCGCCGAAAAGAACUGGAGAACCUGCUGUUCAGUGAUCCGUUGUUUUGUCUGCGUGACAACAUAUACCUAUCAACAUCAGACCUUUACUCCGCCACCAUGGCCCGCUCAGUCAAACUCUUCCGCCUGAAGCAGGAUCAGAAAUGGAGCGAGGACGACUUGCUAUUAGCACUGAGGUUAAUCCGUGACCAGAACUGCUUGUCACUUCAUCAUUCUAUGUUCUUGCCUGCGUUGGAGAGGUUAGCCUCAGACGACCAAAAGGCCCGAUGGCUGCCACUUGCCAGGAGGUACCAUAUGGUUGGCACCUACGCUCAGACAGAAUUAGGACAUGGAACGAAUCUGAUGGAGUUGGAGACUACAGCCACGUACGAUAAAGCUACAGAUGAGUUUGUCUUGAGUACACCCAAGCUGUCCUCAAUUAAGUGGUGGCCUGGCUCCUUGGGAAAAACCAGCAACCAUGCCAUUGUGCUUGCUCAGCUGGUUGUGGACAGCAAGAAAUGUGGCAUGCAUCCGUUCAUGGUACAGAUCAGGAGUUUGGUGGACCACACACCAAUGCCAGGUAUCAAGUUGGGUGUGAUUGGACAGAAGAUGGGAAGUAAUCAUAACGACAAUGGCUUCCUCUUCCUCAACAAUGUCAGGAUCCCACGAGAAAACAUGCUGAUGAAGAAUGCACAGGUAACACGAGCGGGAAAGUUCCUGACCUCUGGCCCAAACAAGGCUAACUACGCGACCAUGAUCUAUGUGCGGGUGAUGAUCUUGAGCUGGUCCUUUGGUGCUAUCUCUGCUGCUGCAACUGCAGCCAUCCGGUACAGCAGUGUCCGCCGCCAGUCUUCACUAGCGCCAGGACAGGAGGAGAGCCAGGUUCUGGAUUACCAGACCCAGCAGUACAAGUUGUUCCCUACCCUAGCGAGUGGUUAUGGAUUUUUCUUCAUACAUAAGGUCCUAUCUGCCAAGUACAAGGCCAUGUUGGUCGACAUGCAGAGCGGCAACUCCAAGGCUCUUCCUGAGAUGCAUGCCUGGUCAUCUGGAAUGAAGGCAUUGAUAACAGACAUAACAACAUACAACAUGGAGAUCUGUCGUCGGUCGUGCGGUGGUCAUGGCUACCUGCGAGCCUCGGGGCUCUCCGACAUGGUUUGCGAGGCUUUUCCACUUGCUACUGUGGAGGGGGAGAACACAGUGCUUUACCUACAGGUGGCCAGAUACCUGCUGAAACAGAUUGCCAAGGCAUUGACCGGGCAGCAGACCACGGGAACAACCGAGUACCUGACCAUGAAUGAAGCUUCCUAUAUUUGUCCUCUACAAAAGCCUGUAGACUGUAGGAAUCCAGACUUCUUAUGUGAAGUAUAUAAGAAAAGGGCAUACAGAAUGGUUUUAAAAGUUGCUCAAGCGUUACAGCGAGACAUGGAGUCUGGGAAGGAGCAGGCCGUGUACAUGAACAACAAUCUCCAACCUCUGGUCAGGAUGGCAACGGCCCACUGUUACUACCUGGCCAUGAGGAGCUAUAUAGAAGGCCUUGCCAGUUUACAAGUCAGUCCUCCAGCAAGGAAGAUUCUGGACAAGCUGUGCUGUCUAUUUGGAGUCCACUACAUCGUCACUCUGUCCGGGGAUUUCCUGGAGGCUGAAGCUAUUGGGCUGGAACAGCUCCAGUGGCUGCAAGAAUUAGAGCUACAACUACUUGCUGAGAUACGACCUGAUGCUGUUACAUUGGUGGACGCGCUGGACUUCCAUGAUGAGACUCUGUCGUCAGCUAUUGGAUGUUAUGAUGGGCGUGCGUAUGAACGGUUGUACGAGGCUGCGUUGAAGGAACCGAUGAAUCAAACAGAGGUUGAUCCUGCGUAUGACAAGUACCUGAAGCACUUGAUAAUGGAAGGAGCUCAGUCGAAAUUAUAAUGCUGUUUUCGUGUGUAUCACAACAGAACUAUUUCAACUAAUAUCUGUGAUAUCAGCAUUAGGAUAUAAUUUAUUUUGAAUUUGUUCGAGGAACUUCAUACCAGUUAAUAUCUUGUCACAAAAUAAUUUUCACCUUAUUACGUAAUAACGAGUAAAUGAAUAAUUUCUGAUAAUAUUAGUACACAGUACAGCAUGAAUACCAAUACACACAAUUUAACUCAUUCACCCCUGAAAUUUCAUAAUGAACUAUUCCAACCUUUGAAUUGGAGGAGUUCAAAUGUGUAUAUAGGGGUGGAUGGGUUGAGGGCAAAAUUAACUCUUAGAUGUAUUGUGUUAUCGGUGAAUCGACUCGGUGAAAUUCUUUGGCUAUUUUGUUAUCAGAGAAUGAACUCGGUGAAAUUCUUUGGGUAUACAGUAUUUUUAUACAUUUAUGUGGAGUAAAACAUUCACUGUAGAUUACUGAUUUCUCAUGUUUAUGAUGGUCAUUGAUCACCAAUUCAAGUUUCACAUGAACAAUCAAUAUAUUAUGAUAGACAUUUAUUGUGAUUGUAUUUCCUCAGGUUAAGUAAUGAAAUGCGCAAACAAAUAUUCGAGUAGAAGCUUUUUUGGGGAUUUUCAGCCUCAAAAAGUGCCUGCGCAAAUUACACAGGUGUGCAAAUUACAUGGGUUUUUACGGUAUUUGUAUUAACUCUGCACAAAAUACAGGUUGUCUGCAGUAUAAUAUUGCAGUAAUAACAGGUAAUGGUGACCCUCUCUAGAGGUACAUAUUCUCAAUAGGAAUAUAUCUAUUAUACUGAAAACAAAGCGAAUUUUGCAGUAUAAAUUAGUGUACAAGCCAGUUCACUACAUUCACAGUAGACAUGUACGGAUUAUAUCUUGACUGUAGGUGCUAAAUUCUGACCAUGUCUCUAGUAACAGUUAUUGUACAGAAAGUUAGAAAGCCAACAUACCAUACACCAAGAUCUACAAAAUUCCCUUCCUAAUUCAGGAAGCAGUGUUCCUUUGGUGUAGUGUCUAGAGACUUUGUAUGCGUUUUCUCCUCUACUUUGAUGUAGAAUGAUUGCGUACUCCCGGAACAGGUUAGCCUAGAUACAUGUAUCAUUUAUUGUUUUUAAAAUAAUAAGUCAUAUUUUAUAGAAUGUUAAUGUUAUUAUAUUCCUGUUCAUUGCGGGGUACCGAUAUUACUGAUAUGACGUUCAGGAAGUAGAAAUAUAUCCGUAAUUUCGUAUUAUUCAACUCGAAAGCAAACCUGUUGCUCAUUACUGCUGAUGUAGCUUCGGAGGGCAUCACAAAGAUGAAGUGUCCUGCCCACACAAUUUUGCAGCAACUGUCAUCAAUGAUUCUUUUACAAAGAAUUUUUGACACGACAAGAUAGCUAUAAAUAACACUUAUAAUAACACUGGUAAGACUCUGUCGAAACAUCAUUUACAUUAAUUACAUCAAUAAUGUAGAUGGCCAUUUAACAGCAACUCAUAAAUACCAGUGUUAAAAAAUGUACACAGACACACUCAAUUUUAUUUUAAAAUAUUUGAGAAGAAUUUGUAUUCCUUUGUUCAGUAUAUAUGUGUAUAUACCUUUAUGAUAUUUAUAUAUGUUUUAUGAAGACAUUUUUGGUUUAUUAAAGGGCAUAACAUUCUAACAUGUUUUUGUGUUAGCUGUACGGAAUAAUUUGGAUUAAUCAAUUUUAGCUUGAAUGCAUUGAAUAUAUAUAUAUUUAUUAACUUGAAGACAUGUAAACAUUUUUAUGUUUAAUUUGUUGGCAUAUUAGGUACUUAAUGUUCAUUAAGAUGCAAAACGAGAUGGUUAACCAUCACCAAGUUUUUCUUUAUUUAAUCUCCUGAUAAAGGUUGUUAUUUUAUAAAUACCAACUAGAUACUUAAUACUAGUUACCUUAAUUGGAAAGUGUUCAAUGCACAGAUGACACUGCCUCAGCAUUUUUUAGAGGUUUCUGACUGUGUAACUAAAAUUACAUAUAUAUCCUGAAUAUUUUCAUGAACCAUUGAUAACCAGUGUUGCUAUACAGACUUGUUUCUGCCCCACCCCCACCCCGUCUUUGAUGGGCUAACCACUAGUGUAUAUUAGGAUUUGACAUGCUACAAUUACCACUAAAUGCCUGAUUCCAAGUUAAGACAUGUAAAGCACGAAAAAACAAGAACACCUGGAGUGAAUUGAAAAUGGCUGUUUUUAUUCGAAACCACGUGUUUUUAUAUAUAUGUAUAAAAUCUUAAUAUAGAAAAGUAUUUUUGUGAAAUGUACUUAACUAACAAGUCUUAGGUGAGGUACGAAAAUGUCACAGGGAAUACAAUCCCUUCGGAAUGUAAUAACUACCACUAUCCGAAAUGUACUACAUAGAUGUCCAAAUAUACAUUGUAUACCAUAAUUAAUUGGAAACAACACUUACUUACAGUAUAUUGUUGUAGAGAAAUUAUAUUUUUUAUCUAAAUUCAUUUGGUCACCAAAAUAUAUGACUAUAAUCAGAUUUAUUAUAUCAGGAAUUAUUUUCUGUUCAUGAUUAUUUUUAUUGUUAUGCAGAUGAAACAAUUUUGUUGCUUUUUAUUUUCUUCUAAAUUUUAAACUGUGUUCAUCGUUAAAGUCAUUGCUUAAUUUGUGAAGAUAAUCAUGUCAAUAAAAA